AUUUAAAAUAUGGAAGGUAUCAUAACUUAAUUUAGCAUAUUGUUCCUUCUUAUAGCUUUGUUCACAUUUGAAGGUUUAUUCAAAUUAUUGCCAUUAUAUUCAAUUCUAGCAGAGGUUUAUUCAUUGUAUUUGGAUAGGCAAAAGAAAGUUUCUUAAUAAAUAGUGAUAUCCAAAAAUUAAAAAUUUACAUGGCAAGAAUUGAAAAAGCAUGAUAAUUAGUCUUCAGCAUAUGUAGCAAUAAAAGGAAAAGUAUAUGAUGUAACUUCAUUUUUGAACAAUCAUCCAGGAGGAAGAGAAUUUUUAUUGUUAAAUUGUGGAAGAGAUGCUUCUCUUGCAUUUCAAUCAUAUCAUCCAUUUUCAGAAAAACCUGAGAAAUUAUUAGAGAAAUAUUUGAUUGGAGAUCUUAUAACAACAGAGUGGCCAACAUUUAAACCUGAUUCUGGAUUUUAUAAGGAAUGUACAGAGAGAGUUAAGAAUUAUUUUUAGUCUAAAGGAAUAAAUCCUAAGACUCCAAUUCCAGGAUUAAUUAGAGCUAUUCCUUUAUGGAUUUGUUUCUUUUACACAUUUUAUUUAACAUUCAUUGAUGAUUCAUUUUGUUUAUGUAAGAGAAUUAUAAUAGGAACUAUUUUUGGUAUUUUAUAGGCUUUAAAUACAUUACAUUUAAUGCAUGAUGCAUCACAUGGAGCAGUUGGAAAUAAUGAAAAAUGGUGGUGGUUUUUUGGUAGAUUGACAUUAGAUUAUAUUUCAGGAUCAUCAAUGUUAGCAUGGUAAAAUUAACAUGUUAUUGGACAUCAUUAAUAUACGAAUAUAAUGGGAUCAGAUCCAGAUAUUCCAUAAUUAAAAGAAGGAGAUGUUAGAAGACUUGUAAAAGAAUAAAUCUGGUGUACUAUGUAUAAAUAUUAACAUUUAUAUAUGCCAGUACUUUAUGGUUUAUUAUCUCUAAGAUCUAGAUAUUAUGAUGUUUUUGAAAUAUUCUUAAAAGAAACUGAUGGACCUGUUAAAGUCAAUCCUAUUUCUUUAUAAGAUAAAUUGAGAUAAGCUAGUAGUAAAUUACUUUGGUUAUUUUGGAGAUAUUAUUUACCUGUUUGUGUAUUUGGAAUGACUUAAGCAUAAUUUUGGUUCCUUUUUAUUUAUGUAGAAUUUAUAACUGGAUAUUGGUUAGCUAUAAACUUUUAAGUUUCUCAUGUUUCAGAUGAAGCUGAAUUCUUUUAUAAUAAUAUGGAUAAAGUAGCUAAAAAUGGUACAAAUGAAUAAUGGCCAAUUGAAUGGGCAAUUCUAUAAAUUAAGAGUUCAGUUGAUUAUAGUCAUGGUAAUUGGCUAAUGACAUAUUUAUGUGGAGCUUUAAAUUAUUAAGUUAUUCAUCAUCUAUUUCCUGGAGUAAGUUAAUAUUUAUAUCCAGAAAUUGCUCCUAUUGUUUUAGAAGUUUGUAAAAAAUACAAUCUUAAGUAUAAUCUACUUCCUGGAUUCAAGGAAGCCUGGAAUGGACAUUUCAAUCACUUAAAAAAUAUGGGCAAAUUAAAAAAAUUUGUUGGUUUUGCUAAAAUGGAAUGAUUUAGAAUUGAGCAAUAACAAAUAUUAUUACAUCAAUUAAAUAACCAAUCCUUACUUACAUAAAAUAUUAAAUAUUUAACACUUAAUUUAUUAUUCAUUCUUAAUUACAUACUUAUGUUACAAAUUUAUAUGCUUUCUAUGUUUCUCAAAUUAUUUACAGAUAAAGU